AUGGGUGCCAAAGUCCCUCGAAACUUCCGACUGCUAGAGGAGCUUGAGAAAGGAGAGAAGGGUCUCGGAGCUGAAGCAUGUUCCUACGGCCUGGCUGAAGGCGACGAUCUGUUGAUGUCCAACUGGAACGGCACAAUCCUAGGUCCCCCACAUAGUGUCCAUGAAAACCGAAUCUACAGCCUCAAGAUGCACUGCGGUGAUCAAUAUCCUGACAAGCCACCGCUCAUCCAAUUCAUUACCGAAGUUAACCUGCCCUGUGUCAAUCCAAGAAACGGAACCGUCGACCCCACCAAACUUCCCUGCCUGGCCAACUGGACCCGAGACAACACAAUGGAGACCGUCUUGAUUGAACUGAGGAGAUACAUGGCCCACCCCUCCAACAAGAAGCUCCCUCAACCCCCGGAAGGCUCCGUCUACACAUAG